AUGGGCAACUCCAAGAGUUGCUGCCUGAAGGCCAGUCCCAGGCCCAGUGCCAGCCCCAAGCUGGGUCGGGGCUCCAGGCGCGUUAAGUCAAAGCGUGAGUCUGAGGCUCCUGAGGCGGCUGCCAGGGACACAGGGGCAGUACAAACAGUGCCUGCUGCCCCGAAGUCUGAGUCAACUUGCGGAGCCCUCAAGCGCCACCACCUGAAGAACAUCAGCGCCCCGGUGACGCCCCAAGAACAAGACAAGAGGAAGAACAAUGAUGAAUGUCCAGGACGCCCGACUAAAGGAUAUGGGUCGUGUCCCACAGUGUUUACCUCUGACGAUACCAUCAGGCAGCCGGACUUUAAAACCACCAUCCAGUCCAUGACUUUGUGCAUAUAUCACAUGAUAAAGUACAGAGUUGGACGUAAUUCAUUCGAUGUUUUCAAUGAGAGAAAGCACCCCUUCAGACACGAAAUACUUACAACGGACCACUUUCUGCAUGACCCUGAACUGCAGAGUGUCUACAGAUUUGUCCGUGCCCUUUUCAGUGCUGAACACCUCACCGCGGAACAUGCGAUUGUGACCUUGAUUUUCAUGGAAAGGCUUUUGGACUGUGCACAUAUUGACAUGAAACCCACUAACUGGAGAAGAAUAAUUUUGGGAUCCGCCCUUCUUGCCUAUGAGUAUUGGGACAAACAGACUGUGUGGGGCAUGGACUACUGCCAGCUCAUCAACAACAUCAUUACCGUCGAUGACAUGAAUGAGAUAGAACUACAUUUUUUACGUUUCAUUGGGUUUAAUACUCAGAUCACUGGCAGAAUGUAUGCCAGAUAUUACUUUGACCUUCUAGCCAUAGCCGAGAAACACAACGUGCACGAUCUAUUUGAACCUUUUUGCAAAGUAGAGCACAGAACCCAGAGGUAA